UCCCGUCAGCAUCAACAGGACAACACCGCGAGAGCAGCGCCGACACACUUACACAUUUUCAUUAGAUUUACAUCAGACUGCAUGUUAUUGUGACAGCUGCUACGUGUUCGCUUGUUAUUAUGUGUUUAUAUCGGGUCAGACGGGUUUAUAGCGGAUAAAAACAUUGAUCAAGAGCUCAGCGCGAGACACGACUCUGAUGACGGAUCCAGUAUGCUGGAGUUCUGCUGUGGUUUUGUCCGGUCCGGUCCGGGCUGGCUUGUCUUUAUACUGGUGUUGUGGGGUCCAGUGGCGGGUGGCACAAAUGUCAUCAUCCAGAGAGACGCACAGUUUGACAUGACAUAUUAUGACACGGUCACCAGUGACAACCAGACCAUCUACUCCUAUAACCACACCGUCUCCAGAAACAAGAUGGAGGGUGUGCGGGUUUCAGUGGAGUUGUUGUCGGAGAGUGCUCAGAGUCCGGUUCUGUUUGUGGUCCGUCAGAAACAGGCAGUUCUGUCGUUUCAGGUUCCCCUCAUCCUCAGAGGCCUAUACCAGAGGAAGUAUCAGUACACUCAGGUGGGCCGUACGCUGUGUCAGACGCCCAUGAAGGCCGUGUCAGAGAUGCAGUUCUUCUAUGUUGACGUGUCGACGCUGUCCAGCGCUGGAAUCCACUAUCAGCUGCGAGUCAGUCGUGUGGACAGUUUCACUCUGCAGACAGACAAGAAAUUCAGCUUCAAUGCAACACCGUCCCAACCACAGUUCUUCAAGUAUGUGUUUCCUGAUGGUGUGGACACAGUGAUAGUGAAGGUGAACUCACAGAAGAACUUCCCCUGCUCAGUCAUGUCCAUACAGGACAUACAGUGUCCAGUUUAUGAUCUGGAUAAUAAUGUGGCGUUUAUUGGAAUGUAUCAGACUAUGACGACCACAUCUGCCAUCACAGUGCAGAGGAAGGAUUUUCCCAGUAACAGUUUCUAUGUGGUGGUGGUGGUGAAGACUGAAGACGAGGCGUGUGGAGGACCGCUACGAUUCUACCCACUCUUACCCGAUGAACUGUUGGACGCUGGGAAUCGCAGUAAAACUCUGGAUGUGAUCGUGUCUCCUGCGAUUAACUCGGAGGUGUAUGUGAUGGGGAUGCUCUUCUGUUUUGGGAUCUUCCUGUCGUUUUAUCUGCUCACAUUUCUAGUGGCCUGUGUGGAGAAUAAGAGGAUGAACAGGAAGAGGGAGGGGCUUCUGAACCCAGCUGACACCUCACCUGCCGAGACAGCAUCUCUCUUGGGAAAAGCUCCUGUGUCUCCGUAUGAAUACGGCUCAUUUGCUGAUAACGGCAGCACAUUGAGUUCUGAAGCCAUGACUGACAGUUUAGCAUCAACUGAUGGCAACUAUGGAUACAUGGGAUCGGAGACUUUUAAACGCAGACCAAUCACAGCGCAUCAUCUAGCCAUCCGCAUUGACCGUUCAUUAGAGAGCGUCAGCCGCAGUCGUCAAGAGUCGUUGAGUUCAGUAGAAGAGGAUGAUUACGACACGCUCGCAGACAUCGACUCGGACAAGAACAUCGUCCGGACAAAGAAGUUUCUUUGUGUGUCUGACCUCGCUCGCAAAGACAAACGAAUCCUCAGCAAGAAAUACCAGAUCUACUUCUGGAAUAUUUCUACGAUCGCCGUGUUUUAUGCCCUUCCUGUCAUUCAGCUGGUCAUCACCUAUCAGACAGUUGUAAAUGUCACAGGAAACCAGGACAUUUGUUAUUACAACUUCCUGUGUGCACACCCUCUUGGGGCUCUAAGUUCAUUCAAUAAUAUUCUGAGUAACCUUGGUUACGUGAUGCUGGGGCUGCUCUUCCUGCUCAUCAUUCUACAGCGGGACAUCCUUCAUAACCGUGCACUUGAACGCAACGAUAGCAAAGCACUGGAGUGUGGUAUUCCUAAGCACUUUGGCUUGUAUUAUGCGAUGGGCACCGCUCUGAUGAUGGAGGGGCUGUUGAGCGCCUGUUACCACGUCUGUCCAAACUACACCAACUUUCAGUUCGACACGUCGUUCAUGUAUAUGAUCGCUGGAUUGUGUAUGUUGAAGCUCUAUCAGAAGAGACAUCCAGACAUCAACGCCAGCGCAUACUCUGCAUACGCCUGUCUGGCUGCAGUCAUAUUCUUCUCUGUGCUGGGGGUGGUGUUCGGUAAGGGUAACACAGUGUUCUGGAUCGUCUUCUCUGUCAUACACAUUCUGGCUACACUGCUGCUGAGCACACAACUGUACUACAUGGGCCGCUGGAGACUGAACUCUGGGAUCUUGCGCAGGAUGUUGAAUGUGAUCUACACAGACUGUAUUCGUCAGUGCAGUGGACCCAUGUACAUCGAUCGUAUGGUUUUGCUGGUGAUGGGGAACAUUGUGAACUGGUCACUGGCGGCGUACGGCCUCAUCAAACGACCCAGUGACUUUGCCUCAUACCUGCUGGCCAUCGCCAUCUGUAACCUGCUGCUUUACUUCGCUUUUUACAUCAUAAUGAAGUUGCGCAGCGGCGAGCGUAUCCACUGUCUGGCUCUAGUGUGUAUUCUCUUCACUGCGGUCAUUUGGGGUUUCGCUCUGUUGUUCUUCUUUCAGGGUCUCAGUACGUGGCAGAAAACUCCAGCUGAAUCUCGUGAGCACAACCGUGAGUGUAUCCUGCUCUCCUUCUUUGAUGAUCAUGACAUCUGGCACUUCCUGUCAUCAAUCGCCAUGUUUGGAUCUUUCCUGGUUCUGCUCACUAUGGACGACGACCUCGACACGGUUCAAAGAGACAAAAUCUAUGUGUUCUGAAGGAUACGUUUUUUUCUGUACUCUGUAUUGGCCAAUCACAGAGCAGCACCAGAGGUGUCCACCAAUGAGAGGCCUCACUGCUGAAUGUCUUCUCCUGCCAGUCAGUGAUGAUGUGGGAGGAGCCUCAUACAAGAAUUGAUGCUGAUAGGACAGUGAAUGUGCCAAUCAAACUGCCAGAGCUGCUCCUCUCAUCACCGUGGUUACGGUUGAUGUAACCAUGUUAAUUGCAACAUAUCUGCAAAUCUCAAAGCAUUUUUUUUUAUUUGUGUUUGUGUCCGUCUGUGGCCUUCUGUGGUGUGGUUUUGGAUCAUGUGGGUUCUGUAAAUCCGAGCCGAGCUGCUUUAAUCUAUGUAACGAUGAUUCUAAUGAGAAAAUCAACUUUGCACGGUCUUAAAAAUGACAGAUCAUGUUUAUACAGAGUACAUUAAAGUGGUUACUGAAUAAAGAAUUUUUACGGUUGUUUA